GUUUAACCGGAAGUAAAUCAGCCGAUCACAAAAAUGACAACAUUUUCUUUCUAAGAUAAGAUUCUGUGGAUACGGUCAUUCAGAGAAACUUGUGACAGUUAUUCCUGAACGGAUAUGAUGAUGAUGGUCAACAUGUAGAUUCCUGAUCUUUUGAAACUUCCUUUUGAAUUUGCUGACAUGAGGUUCAACAAUAAGGAACUGGUCAGCCUUGCUCACAGUGGGGUGUUUGACAAGGAAGGGCCUCUGCUUAUGAAGGAUAAGCUGGAUGGAUUGUUCAAAAAAGGGGAAGAAUAUCAAAAACGAUAUCUGAGGUUGAAAGGAAACCUUCUGUUUUAUUUCAAAGAUAAAGACAGAUCUGUGUCGAGUGAACUACCACUAGGAGUCCUGGUUAUAGAAAGAUGCGCUGUGGAAUUAGACCUGGAGUCUGUCGACUUUGGAUUUCUGUUAGUUUAUGAAGGAGAGGAGUAUACCUACAAGUUCCAGGCCCCGUCUGAGGAAGAGAGGGAUGACUGGAUCCAGAAAAUCCACACAGCCAGCUACGAAUGUCUGAAGAUGCAGCUACAGAGUCUGAGGGAACAGAUCCAGGCCAAGACAGGGAGAGACCCCAUCACUCAGCCACCUCCCACAGAGUUUGGCAUGGAGUUUGAAACCCAGUCAGGCAAUGCUAAUGAUGAUCCUGCCCUGGAAAUUUGCUUGUCCUGCAAGGAUUUGCCUAAUGACAUCAAUGGACAGGCCCCCAAUCCUUUUAUCGUCCUCAGUACAAUUGUCCCACCACAACAGACCUGGAUUCAGCACAGCAACACGGAAGUUGUGGAGGCCAGCAAUGACCCCCAGUUUCUGAAGACAAUAGGCUUUGGGGACAAGGAAGGGGUCGAUAUCAACAUGCGUGUGAAGAUCAUGGUGUACCACGUCAAAGAGAGGCUCACAGGAACUAUGUCCCAGUUGGGCCAUGCUAUUUUCACUUUACAAGAUGUUCUGAUGAAUGUGGAGAUGAAGACCACUCUCAGGCUUGUGGGCCCAGAUCCUUUAGAUUGUGGGACGGUGACCAUUAUGGCUUGGGUCAAUGAUACAAAUCUAUCCCUAUCUCACGCGGAAUCUGGCACAAGUCCGAAGAAGCCUGCUAUUGUACGACAUCGCUCAAAACGGGUUGAUACCCUUCGUCCACAUUACAAGAAUAUUAUCACCCGCACAUUCCGAUUUGACACAACCAAUGGUGAUGUGAAACUUUUGGUUCACGAGUACAUGGGGGAAAGCAUACUCACUUUUGAUAUCCCAAUGCAACUUCUGAAGUUGUGGAUUGAAGAAGAGAAACAUGUCUUAUCCCAGUUGCAGGAUAUUGGUCAGAUGUUGGGAAACAUUCAAUUACGAGCCUUACAAGACAGAUCAGACUAUUGUAUGAGCAUGAUCACUAUGUACCAACAGCAUCAAACCUUUCUUAACUCCUUCAAAGGUCCAUGCUUUAAAGCCAGUGUCAAGAAAGCGGACAAAGACCUAGAGUUUGUUCCCUUGAAUUUGCAUCUCCAAAGAAUGACUGUGAUAAAUGAGGAGAAGAAUACCACUGGCUGGUAUGAUAUGAUCACUGUUGGGGCUUUCACUGCUUACGCCCAGAAAUAUAAACAUGGAGGCUUAAGUCGUCUGCUGUCCCAGCUACAGGAUUCGUACUCGACAGAGAACAACACAGUGACUAACCUCUCUGUGGCAUGUGACCUUGUGAACUCUAUAUAUGACCUUAAAAUGAGCAUAUCUAAAGACUGUGAUAGCCUGUGUAAAGUGGCAGUCAAUGGAACAGGGGAGGAAUUGACCGCUAUGGCAGAUUCUCUACAGAAAAGGGUAAGAAAACUGGUUGAGAAAUGUGAGACCCCAUUAGUUCAGAACACAGCAGAUGAAUUCAACAGAAUAAAAGAAGAGAUGACACGGAGUUCAAAGAAGUUAAGUCCGGAUUCCGAUUCUGGAGACAAUACAAAUGACGGUGUGCCUAAUGGAGACGUUAAACCAGGCAACAAUUGGAAGUGGUCAGGGACGGACUUUGUCAAGAGCUCCAGUACUGAACCCUGGGAAAUGACUCGACUGAAUACAGAGGCAGCUGCCAUGUGUCUCAUCUCUUUAGUUGAUGACUUGGUGCUCAAUAAAAAUGGGUCUUUGGACAGAACAAGUUGGCUUGAUGAGAUCAGUCCUGCCGUCUCAAAAAUGAAGAGCUUUCUGGAAAUUGUCUAUCAGAAAAUUUUAUUAAUUGUUAUGUUCUUAAACAUAAAGGAAAGCCGAGGCAAUUCCAGGUUGAUGCACAUAGUGAGAUAUAGAAGAGACGUGUGCUUCUCUCAUGCUCUGACAACUCUUGUAAGUGGCUUUGUCACAAAGUUAACCACUUCUAUAAGCAGUGAGGAUUUCCUUAAGCAGUUACAGGAAAUAGGGCUAUUUUGUCAGUUCGAAGGAUUACUCAGUUGCCAUGGUGAUGAGAUGGGUAUGAUUGAGGAUUAUUGUGUAGCAAUAGAUGAUUUGAAGUUCGUCUCUUUCCAGUUUGUUAAAACUGAGGAGCUUGAUGCUUCACCCACAGUUUUCCAGGAUGGUCAUUUCAAGAGUGGAGCUUUUGGAGAUUUUCACAGACAUUGUGUCAGUGUCAAUGUUCCUCUUGAAGAGGAGAUGUUCAGCAAAUUGCCGACCAAGUUACAGAGAGGAGGGAAGGUUCCUGUCACACCAGUGCUGUUCAACAUUGGCAUUAAUGAACAGGCCUCGUUAGCAGACAAAAUUGGAGACACCUCACUGCAAGAGAGAAUCAAUGCUGAAAAUGUGGCUAAGGUGUUUACUUAUUUAGACAACUAUGAACAGAAACUUGGAAGUUUAGAUAAGGGAAAAUCAGGUCAAGGUACAAUUAAUGACCUGAAAAACAAACUGCACUACAACACAACGACCAAGAAGAGCAAAAAUACAGACGUCUUGAAACUGGCUUCAGAGAUUUGCCGAAAAAUUCAUGGUAUUAGAAUUACUAGCUGUAAAAGUGCCAAAGACAGAACUUCUAUGAGUGUAACAUUAGAACAAGUGUAUAUACUCCAGCAGGAACACGACUUGGCAUCACAUGUGUUCACACAGGCCCUGGACUGCUUUAGGAGUGAGGGAGUGAGAAGAGAAAAUACAUUUAAAAACAUUGGUUCCAGAAAAUAUGCCUUCAACAGUUUCCAGCUUUUGUAUGUUCCAAAACUAUACAGACCACCAAAUGGGACCUAUGGCAAUGUACAAGGAUGAUUUUAUGGUCUUCUCACUCAAUAACCUGUUUGUUCAUGUUGGAGUCACAAAAAUUGUGAUGGUACAGAAAUGUUUCAGGAGGAGAAGGGAAUAUGGAAUGGGAUAUUUCCUGCCUAAAUGGGAGAUUCCGAGCAAUUUAACUAAAGCAAGAAGUAAACAUCUGGCUCUGUAAGAUUGGAAUUAGUGGGAACUCUCCAAGAAAGUUCUAGGACAUUGAUGCAAAAUUACGCAUUCCUGAGUGCCAUGAUUUUUUUUUAACAUGGCAUUCAUUUCAAUGAGAUAUCAAAUUGGUGGAAUUGAAGGGUUGAACUCUCAAAUUUGGCUAUUAUUUGUCAAAGUUGGCAUAUUCAUGCUUUAUAUGAAUGUAAAUGAUCCUGCAUUCAGAGCAUCACCUUCUGAGUGAUCGUCGUAAUGAUGGAUAGAUUUUAGGAAUUUUACUACUUGGUCAGUAAUGGAGUGUAAGUGAUAGUCCUCACAUGGUUAUGUAGUACUAAAUGUGAUUGUUAUAUAUAUACUAAAUGUGAUUGUUAUAUAUAUACUAAUGUGAUUGUUAUAUAUAUUCUCUGUAGAGAAGUGGAUAGAUGAAGUCUACAUCCUAGUACAUGGAUGCAGGCUAUGCCUGUCCACUUCUCUAAGGAGAAUAAUUGUUAUACAGAUGGACAAUUUAUUUAGACUUGUAUUUAAAUUGUUUGUCUGCAUUAUAAACUAUGAAAUAAAAUGAAUUUUGGAUCACCAUGAUGGCUCUGAACUAGUGAAUGACUGAAAUUGAUGGCUAUCAAAAUACAUCUUAGAUAAUGCAUUUGUCUCAUUUGUUUCCUUUUAAAAAAGGUGCAUGCAGACAGAUUACAUGUAGUAUAUUCCCACAUCAUGCUUGUAACAGUUGACUGAAUCAAAUAAUAAGUUGUCAAUAUAGAGUCACUUGUUCUGAAUGAUCACCAGAUAGAUUUUAGGAUAUUUACUUCUAGAUCAGUAAUGGGAUAGCACAGUGAUAGACGGAUCAAAAGUACACAACUCAUUAAAACUGUCGUCAGUAGUUACAGUGGUAAAUUUGUAGGUGUACUAAGCUGUUGCCAAUGAUUUCAAUAUUGUAUUUUUGGAAAGUAGUUGUGUUUUUAAGUCAUCGCUUUACACUUCCCUCAGAAAUGAUUUGUUACGGACAAGUUUUGAUAUGUACAUGUAUCACUAUAUAUUGAACAGGUCUCCAUGUAGGUGCUUUAUUGGGGAGGUGUUACAAUAUUCAACAGAUGACACUUUUUCUAUUCAAAGGGAGGGAGAUUGCUGCCCCUAAAAUUGCACUAAAUAAGGAAUUUUUAUGUUCCCUGAAAAAUUUCAAGGGAGCAUAUAUAGUCGCUGGCAUGUUUGUCCAUCCGUCUGAGCUCAUCUCUCCUGAACUUUCAUCAGAAAUUUAUAUAAUUGAUUAUAAAUGUUCCUCGAGACAAGGACUUUUAGACCUAGGUCUCUCAAGGUAAUUUUGGAAAGGGAAAGGUCACUCAGAACAUAUUUCAAUAGUUUUUGAUAUAGAAGUUCCUUAUUUCAACAGUUUUUGAACAUGCAUUGAUCAUAUAUCACAUGAAUAAGUAAUAUAGGCAAAUGACUUUCUGACAAAGUCCACUUAAGGUCAUUUUGCAAAGGUCAAGAUCACUCGGAACAUAUGCCAUAUGUAUAUGGGGAAAAAAACUUCAUUCCAACAAUAUUUCGACAGUUAUUCGUCGUUGUGCAAAUGACUCUUGGGCAAAGGUCACUGAAGGACAUUUUUUCAAGGUCACACAGAACAUAUACCUAAUAUAUGAAAAAACUCAUUUCAACAAUUAUUCAUCGUUGUGCGAAUAACUUUACAAGUAGAAAUAUCUCUUUAUUAAGUCAUUCAUCAUUUGAAGAAGUCCAUUGGUUACAUGCACUUCAGGAAGCAUCCAUUAGUUUUACUGAUAUCCUUGUUUUGGUUAAUCUGCCUUGCAAAUGGGGCUGCAAUCUCUUUUUAACUCUUUCAACAAGAUCCGCUGCAGUAUUUUAGACAGGUUUUAAACAUAGGUUGUAGACUAUAUAAUUUCCUGAUCUUAACAUUGUAAUAAACGCUUUUACAUUCUUUUUUUAAUUUAUGUUUUAGUUUAUGCAUGUACAUACUGUACUAUGUUUAGAUUAUUUACAAUAUUAUGGUAAAUGAUUUACAAUAUUAUGCAUAAUGAUUUACUGUUGGAUGAUGGCUAUAAACAGUGAAUUUUUUUGGAAGUGAGAUUUUUAGUGACCUAUCAUAUUUUGCAGUCAAUGAUAGUUGCAUUAGUCAGCACAUGGUACCUUUUUUUUUUUUUUUUUUAAAAAUGAAUGAACAAAAAUUAAAGUAGUCAGAUUAUUAGAAAUUAUGCAAUAUACAUGUAAAACUCUAUUUUAACAGUGAUGUUUUAUUAUAGCAGUAAAUUUGUAAUGAAGAGAUUGCAAUGAAUUGAGAUUAUCAACUACACGAUGUGCAUCCAUUAUGUGUAUAAUUUGUAUUAAAAAUGAUAGAUGAAUGUGCAAUUAAUUUGCAAUAAAUUUGAUACAUGUAA